AUGGAUUCAGAAAAACUGCUUCCAAGGAGAAAACCAGAAUUCCCCACAAUCAAGUCAGCACCAAGUAACAGAAAACAACUCGAGGUCAGUGCUAGAAAUAUUGAACUGCGUAAAGUAAUUUGUCUUCUCCGAGACCCCUCAACAGUUCAUUUGAAGGAGAGGCAUCUCUUUGUUUUGAAGAAAAUACUGUCAAGAAAUCCUCAUGGCUUUCUUUUGAAAGACCUGAAAGGACUGGCCAGCAUAUUUGACAUAUGUGCAGAGAAAUCGAAAGAAGAUCCAGAUUAUCUGCCUUUCUUGUGUGAGGCAAUUAAAUUAUGCAGGUUUCCCUUUUUAAAGGAGAGGGCCUCAGAUGAACCGAACUAUGCCAAAGACGUCGUGCAUUUUUUGUCUCAAGUCGGUUAUUUGAUGCGAGUGCCGUGUCCAGAAGUGAAAGAGAACAUCAUUGAGUGUGUGAAGUCCUUCUAUCAGUGCGUUUCUCCACAGCCGCUGCCUGAUGGACCUCAGCCCACGUCUCCAGGAUACAGGCUUCAGCUGCUGGAGCAAAGUGACCUGUCCCAAACACUGGUGUUGGCUUUAGCAGCUGUGGACCAUCGGCCCAACAUCAAACUCCAGCUGCUGCAGACUCUCAAGCUGCUCUCCAGCUCCUCCGACUUGACCUGUGGCUUCAUGCUGAAAGCCCAGGGAGCAGAGAGCAUCUGUCUCCACAUGAACGAACCCGACUCUUUCGGCCGUGUCCUUUUUCAUUCCACGGAAAUCCUCUGGAACCUGCUCGAGAGCGGGAACAAGCACCAGGUCGUGGCUCAGCUCAGCUCCAUCGAGUGCCUCGUAUCUCUGAAAGAGGCGUUCCUGCAGCAGCUGCUGACGGCCGUCGACAGUUCAGAGCUGAGACUGAGGAACGAUCUCCUCGUCCUCACUUCUCUCAUCUCUGAGAACGGAAACACUUUACUCAUCGAGAGUUUGUUUGCAAAACUCCUCACGUCUUUGUCCACGUACCCAGAAUUAAAACCCACCAAUCAUCUCCUCACCAACCUAAACCUGAGCUGCUCACGUGAAGACCUGAAAAUGAAGAAGAUGCUUUUAAACCUUUUGUGCUUGAUGUCGGUCGAUGCGGCUGUUUUGCAGCUUUACAGAGAAGAGAACGUGGUCCUGGCUCUGCUGCUCCUCACCAAACCUGCAGCCGCCCGUGGUCCUCGUCCUCUGUCUGGGUCUCGGAGCUGGUCUCUGGUCCAGACUCAGGACCUGCAGCUGGAGGCUCUGCAGACUCUGUGCUGCGUGGCUCCUCUGCUGCUGGACGACUAUCUGUCCUGCCACGGAAACACCUUCGUGCUGCGACUGUUGGACUGGUGCAUUCAGCAAGAGUCUGGUGGAGGCUUCAGUGUUAGUGGAGACGACUUCAGAAAGAGUGUGAUGCUGCGGUGCGUCCGACUCCUCACAACAGUCACGUCUGUGGGAGAAGAAGCCGUCAGUCAGGACCUGUGCGACCAGGGCGCCAUCGGAGACCUGCUGGGUAAGAGGCCGUCAGUCAGGACCUGUGCGAUCAGGGCGCCAUCGGAGACCUGCUGGGGCGCCAUCGGAGACCUGCUGGGUAAGAGGCCGUCAGUCAGGACCUGUGCGAUCAGGGCGCCAUCGGAGACCUGCUGGGGCGCCAUCGGAGACCUGCUGGGUAAGAGGCCGUCAGUCAGGACCUGUGCGACCAGGGCGCCAUCGGAGACCUGCUGGAGUGUGGUUCUCCUGAACAGAGUGUGGUUCUCCCGAACAGAGUGUGGUCCUCCUGAACAGAGUGUGGUUCUCCUGAACAGAGUGUGGUUCUCCCGAACAGAGUGUGGUUCUCCCGAACAGAAGUUUGGUUCUCCUGAGCAGAGUGUGGUUCUCCUGAGCAGAGUGUGGUUCUCCCGAACAGAGUGUGGUCCUCCUGAGCAGAGUGUGGUCCUCCUGAACAGAAGUGUGGUUCUCCUGAACAGAGUUUGGUUCUCCCGAACAGAGUGUGGUUCUCCUGAGCAGAGUGUGGUUCUCCUGAACAGAGUGUGGUUCUCCUGA